GAAAUGGAGUGAUCAUAAAAAACAGCCGGAUGUUUCCCAGAAUGCAUCGGAUGAGGCGUAAGGGUGAACGGUCUUUUUCCGCUGCAAAAGUGCGUCCUGGGAGUUGUAGUCCUCUCCGACUUGCAAGGUGGUGCAGGCAGGGAGACAGAGCAGUCUUAUUCUCUUCUGAGAAGCACAUAGUCGUGAUGUCAUACGGAGAACUAGGGCCUAGCAGAGUUUGCUACGGAACCAAUGUUUUUUGUUUUGUUUUUCUCUGUAAUUAUUCGAGCUUAGGCUGCAACUGCCUUAUCCGUUUCCUGAGGUUUUAUAAGAGUCAAGAUUUAUUACACCCAAGACUUGCAGCAACAAUAUUACUUUUUGACUGAAACCAUAAAAUCCUCUGAAAUUGAUGGGACUAGCUUUCAACCAAGCACGCUGCCUGUGAUUCCAGGUCAACUGUAGUCCUGCAGAAUCACGCUGAAGAAAAUAGUUCACCCAUUGUCCAGAAGGAAUAGGAAACAACAUGCACUGGGGAGACCAUUCUAGGUGGUUACGGUGGCACCAGAAAGAGAACAUUAAUGUUGUGCAAAACGGGAAUCAAACGAGUUUAGGUUUGCAAGCCUGAGCCUCACACUUCGGCUGUGCCACGAGAAUUCACCCUGCCAAGAGAUAAAGUCAUCCUCAACUGUUGCAGAAACACUGUGUAUCACAGUCACGUCUAAUGCUGAGACGCGUCAAGGGUUAAACUGACUGGCAGCCCGAUCCUCAAACCAGUUAAACAGGAGCCCUUGGAUUUAAGCCGGUUUAGUGCUAUUGAGCGAGAGCUAAGCCCUGGAGAGGCCCAGGAAACCGAGAGGGGGAAUGCAAUAGUCCAGGCUCCAUCCUGCUCCGCCCUGGAUUAAAAACCUCGGGAUUUGAAUUUUAUUAAGGGGGGGGGUUGUCUGCAGGGCUCCAGAUCCUCAGGGGUCCGCGCGGAGGCAGGAACUGUGGGGAGCGGAACAAGCUCCAGGUAACUGAACAGGAACUCUGGCCUUGUCACUGACCCUACUGUUCGAUCCUACAUGCACUGUGAGCUGUCAGAGGGGUAUCAUGUACACUAGCAAGGACUAGGGACACAAAUAGGAAAAAAAAUAGGGGAGGCUUCGAAGUUGAAAUCUACCUCUAGAGAGAUAAAAUGGCUGAAUAAUUGUGGGAGGUGUCAGCCCUGGGUCUCUAGGUCCAGGAAAGGUUUGACAAGAGGGAGAGUGCAGUAGUGAAAAUGGAGAAGCAGGUCCUAGCAGGCCCCAGCCCAGCAGAGGGUUUGGAGAGAACAAGAAGGGAGAGCUUUGCCAUCCAGUCUGGGACCCCACAGGAGCUACCUUGCUGGUCAAGACCACAACAGGAGUGUAUACCUCAGCGCUUGGAAUCCCAGUGGCAGGAUUUCCUGAAGACUGUGCAUUCGCCUCCCACAGGCUGGGGGAAUCCACCGCUACCAGAACUAACAUCAUGGGAUGACCUGGUUGCUUUUGAGAGGGUGUUUGGUGCCUGCCAGUGGCCCAGAGGAGACAGGCUGACCCGGCUGAUGCCAGCCUUCAGCCCAGAAGCCCAGCAAGCAUUGAGCAGCCUGACUUCCAGAGACAAAAUAGACUAUGGGAAGGUGAAGACCACCUUCCUGCAAGGAAACUCCACCAGCACAGAGAUCCAUCGCCAGCGCUUCAGGCAAUUCUGCUAUCAGGAGGCCGAGGGGCCUCGGGAGGUUUGCAGCCAACUGCGUGAGCUCUGCCACUGCUGGCUGGAGCCAGAGAGCCGCACAAAGGAGCAGAUCAUAGAGCUGCUGAUCUUAGAGCAGUUCCUGACCAUCCUGCCACAGGAAAUCCAAAGUCAGGUCAGGGACCGUAGCCCAGAGACCUGUGCCCAAGCGGUGGCCCUGGCUGAAGGCUUCAUUCUGAGGCAGCAGGAGGGCGAGCAGCAGGAAGAACAGGGGCAGGAGUCGUUCCAAGAGGUGGCUGUGGAUUUUUCUGAAGCACAGAGAGCUCUGCUAGAUGCCAGGCAGAGGCAGCUUGGCAGGGAGAUCAGGAAGCAAGAUAAUGGCAACGCCUGCUUAGUGGGUACCAACACAGCCAGCAGAACUGAGGAGCAAUUUGAACAUCAGGGAUCCCGGGAGGAGGAGGCGGCAGUGGAGGAGGUGGCACCUGCAGCACCUGAGGGAACCCAGAGAAAAGAGAAAUCCCACCUCUGCAUUGAAUGUGGCAAAAGCUUCACCCGGCCCUCAGACCUAGCAAAGCACCUGAAUGUUCACACAGGAGAAAAACCGUACUUGUGUGUUGAGUGUGGGAAAAGCUUUAGCCAGCUCUCCCAUCUUACAAGACAUCAGAAAAUCCACUCAGGAGAGAAACCCCACAUCUGCUCUGAGUGUGGAGACACAUUCAGUCAGCGGGCAUAUCUUGUCAGUCAUCAGAGAAGCCAUUCAGGAGAGCAGCCCUACCGUUGCUCCUACUGCCAGAAAUGCUUUAGCCAUCAAUCAGCCCUGAAGAUCCAUGAGCGCAACCACAUGGGCCAGAAGCCCUAUGCCUGCGCUGACUGUGGGAAACGCUUCGUUUCCUCUUCCUCUCUCACCACUCACAGGAGGAUCCACACGGGAGAGAAGCCCCACGCCUGUGGUGUGUGCGGGAAAAGAUUCAUCCAGCACUCUAAUCUUGUCUCACACCAGCGAACCCAUUCAGGGGAGAAGCCAUUCUCCUGCAAAGUGUGCGGCAGGAGGUUCGCUUACCCUUCUGAUCUUACCAGACACCAAAAAAUCCACACCGGAGAGAAGCCCUACCCCUGUGACAAGUGCGAGAGGAGGUUUACUCGGCUCUCUGACCUUAUCACGCAUCAGCGAAUCCACACAGGAGAAAAACCCUAUCGCUGUCUGGAGUGCGGGAGAAGGUUCAGGCAGAGGGGAGUACUGGUGAAGCACCAGAAAUGCCAUUCAAAAGAGAAUCCAAAAGGAAGCGAGUCCGGGCAGCCCAUAGAAUUGCAAGCCAGCAGUGAAUUCAAACCACAUGAGAUAAAGCAGGAGAAAGAAGAACUGGAAAGUCUGGUGGAGUCCAGCUUGGUGCCCUCCCCCCACUCCUGAUGCCCAUCACUCCCAAGCUGCUGCACAGAGGGAGCAAAGAUCUUGAAGGCUACAUAGAGGGGUUUUCACCAUGCUUUUUUAAAAAAAAAUAGUUUCCCUUCCUCUGGUGCUGACUUAAACCUGGUUCUGAGAACAGCUAUCCACUGCCAUCUUCUGUUUGGGCUGUUACAGACAUUGCAGGGUGAGGGGAGAGAAAGGACAGGAGGAAUACCCUUGUCGUUUCCUCCUUCACGCUGCUGAAUUUUCUUGCUGUCACUGUGACCUUUGGAGGAAGCAGAGGCGAUGCAGUUCACUCUGUGUGCGGCAGUUGGAAUGAACCUCUCUCAAGUAGCUGGCUCGUCUGUGUUUGGCUGGAUGCAAUGGGAAUAGGGUCCCUCUCUGUCACCUUGACAGAGAAGCUGAAUGCAGCUGUCCACUAUGCACGUCUCCAAAGCAUGGCUGGGACAAUGACCUCUUUUAAUGCCACACACUGUUGCUGGGGAGGGAGUGAAUGCUGCUGUUCUCUGCCGGGGAAAAUUCAAAUCAGGGAUUGGGGACCACCAUAAGACCAAUGUGGGGAUGGGGGAUGCUGGACCAAUACACCAGGGUGCCCUGCAAUGAUAAUGGCAUGGGCAAGUAAGCUUCCUUACAUUGAAACAACAGUGGCUCCCGUUCUCUACAUGUAUGUGUAAAACCCAACAGCCUGUCAGUCAAGACAGGACUAUGGAUAGUCAGGCAUCCUGUCCUAGAAGAUCACAGCCAGGAUAAUAUAAACUAGGGCUGCUCAAAGUAAUUAUAUAAGGAGUUGCUUUCCCCCCCCAUCAUUGGUACAGUUCAGUCUUACUGGCUGCAGCUCCUCGAGUUCUCCAGCAGGGGUUCUCAGGCUUUCCUACCUUAACUUCUAGAUGGCAGGGAACAGACCUGGUUCUUCAUACCACACAAAUUGUGGGUUCUGCCACUCAGUUGUUGACUGAGUUUUUCUGGCUACAGUUCAGGUCUGAGACUUAUUUUUAUGACUUGUGUCACGCAGGCACCCCCAAACCAAACUAGGGGUAUUGUCCUCUGCCAUCCAGCUCAUUAGAGGAUUAGCCAAUAUGAAUUAGGCAACAGAGAAAAAUAGUCCUCCCCAUCUCAGUGUGAUUAAAGGAGAAGCAAUUAAUGGGGCUGCACCCUGAAAUUGGAGAAGGUGGGCAGGGCAGCAACAACUAAACGUGGCUUGUGAGCAAUGGGGUCCUGGAGCGAACAUCAUCAUCGCUUUUGAUGGGUUCUGUUCAUUCAUGUUUGUUCCUGUCAGAACCCCUCCAGCUCGAAAGAUGGAGAUUCAGUGAUUCAGCUUGACCUGCUGAAUUGCCUCUGUUAAAGGCUUCAGGGCCCAGCCAGGAAAAGAAGUUAGCAACCCGGUUUAUUAAGUGGCUGGUCUCUUAAAGCUUUUAUGUUAUUUUAGUUGAACUGUUUGGGUGCAAAAUAUGUACCUCCUGAGAACAGGAUAGAGAUUAGGUUAGAGUAAAUUGCAAGAUAUUUUUAGAAUGAAUUAAUCCAACACCUCAGUAAAGUUUUAAGCUUUCAUAGUUGUGAAAAUAAGCUGGAAAAGUAUGUAGGUAAUGCCUGGUGGUGUUCCAGAAGCAAUAUCUGUAUACUUUAGGGAAGGAAACUAGUCGAUCUCAGACCAAGAUUUGAUGGCCCAGCAGCACAAUCCUGGGCUCCUGCUGGGAGGAACGGUGGGAUAUAAAUCAAAUAAUAAAUAAAUAAAUCCUA